AUGAUCUCCCUAUACUCUGUUGUAUUCACACUGGUGCUGUUCUCUGAGUUUAGCACCCGCUUGGCCGUCUUAGCUGUACCAACAGGCAAGCUGGAGGAGGGUAGGACAGAGCAGGAGAGCCUGCGUUCCAUACUAGGCGAAGACACGAUGAGCGACAACGCUCUGGCUGCCCCGAGGUUCAGACGGGAGCCCAUCCUGGACAACGGACUCGGGCUGGACGAAGAGGGGAACACAAAGAUCUUCAUCCUCUCAGUAAGUAUCUUCCUUCAUCCAUGUCCAUCAUCAUCAUACCAAUCUUCCUCUUAACUCUCAUUUUCAUCAGUAGCAGCAUCAAUACAGUGUGUUCCAUAUGCCAAUAUUUUACAUUCGCUCAAACGUCAGCCAUUAUCAAACAAAGAUGAAAAGGACAGGCGUUUAUCUUUAUUAGAUUCACAAAGUGGCAAAAUGUACGAUAGUGUCUGUGCUCCAUCAAAGGUUUGGCAGGCAUGUGGAGUGAAUCAGUUAGUCUAGUAGCUGUAUGGCAUGCACGUCAUGGACAUGGUUAUCUCUGAUGUAAUGGAACAGGAGAGAGGGAUGAGGAGAGGAGCUAUAAAGCCACUUGGGCAGAUGAUAUGUCUGGAUAACUGGGGACCCUCUGAUACUGGUUUCAUAUGGCCUGGAUCAGGUCCAGUAGGCCGGGGUUUGAGACCCAGAAGAUCUGUGCCGCUUCUUAAAUGUCCAUCUGGCAAAUGGCAUGCAUCAUUCCCAAAUGAAUGGAAAAGAAAAACACCAUCCCAAAGUCCCAUUAAUUUGGACAUUGGAUUCUAUAGCCCUUUCAUGUGUAUUGUUGUAUCUUUGUUGUAUCAUGCAAGCUAGAUAACCUUCGGCUUUGGUUCACCAGACCUGAUUGUGCAAUAGAAUCUUCAGUGGACAGAGUAUACUAAAAAAUAAAUAAAUAAAAUACUAAUGUAGAGACUGGCUGAGCCACUCUGAUGGAAGCCAGCCAGACAGUGACCUAGCCUUCUGUCCCACAGGACAUCAGACUGAAAGGGCACACCAGACGUGGCAUGAACACAGCUUUCUCCCGAGCCCUUCCUGUCCUCCCAGACAGAGGAAGAGAUCACGCUCCUACUGAAAAUAGCCUGAAAGUAGAGCGCAGGGAGGACGACCUUGAUAGUAAGUAUCGACCAAUGACUUCCUUUUGUUCUUUUUCCUUCUAUGGUUCCUGUAUCUGUUCAAUAGUUCUCAUUAGAAAGAUCCAGCUCACUGUCAUUCAGCAUGUCAAAUGG